AUGCCAUCACACGACAUCUUACAACUGUCAGGUGAAGCUUUCCUAUCAGAGAGUGCUUCUGUGGUUACCACCCCAGACCUCACGUCAGGUGGCUCUUUGAUGGAGAUUCCCGUCAGGGGAACAUCGUCUACUGGGGCUGAAUCUGUGCAUGGUUUGGUUGAACCUGCAGAAGCGGAUGCAGAAGGGGAUGGAACUCUUACCAAAUCUAAACAAGCCGGCACGACUUCAGCUCUAUUGAAAACAAGCAAUCGAAGCGUCUACAAGGUCAGGGCGCGGCCAGCUGCGAGACACAGUCCGUCAGAAGUUGUGGUUGGUGCUGGGACUGUUAUACAAGUCUCCAUGCCUCAAAACAUCUUGACCUUCCGACUAGAUUUGCCUUCCAAACACGCCGCUUUCCUUUACCAACUCGAACUGGGUCGCACUGUUGAUUUAUCGAACAGCAGGGAUUGCAAUGAGUGGUGUGUCCGUGAAAUGCAAGGCAACGGUGUGGCUUUGCCUUUUGAAGGCAUAGUGCGGUUUCAUGGCCGAUGGUCCUCCUCUGCUACGUCUGGUAGAGAUCAUGCUGUCAAGCUGGUUUCAGCUCACUCGUAUGUUGCCAGGAUGUUACAAUUAUUUAAAGCGCGGUUACGCCAAUUGUGGCACGUCAAGAGAGUUCCGGAGUUCCAUCAUUGGUUUUUACGCUGCUCAGCUUUGCAUAUGUGCAAGUUACUUACAAUCGGCUGCAUUAUUUAA